AUGGCUAAGUGGAGACAGCUUCAGAAAUGGAUUGAGGUGCCGUCGGAGGAAAAUGAGGAGAUCUCCUUCUUGGUGAAUCCAGAUCUCAAACCGGUCCCUUCAGAGAAGCAGACCUGGGGUUUCUUUUCGUUUUUUGGUUAUUGGGGUGUACCAAAUGCCACUAUAUGGACCUGGAGCACUGGCGGUGCCUUGGUAGCCGUUGGACUCACCCUUCCAUACAUCAUGGGUGCAAUCACAGUGUCCAAUGUGAUCAUUAUCAUUUACACAUGCCUCAACUCGCUUCCCGGAACAAAGUAUCACAUCGGGUACCCUCUAUCUCAAAGGAUGCUCUUUGGCAUUAAGGGGUCCUUUAUUGGCAUCAUCGUCCGUAUUGUUCUUGCCAUCGUGUUUUUUGGUGCCCAAUCCUGGUUAGGUGGAUGUCUGAUAUCCCUCAUAAUAUCCGGACUCAGCAAGAGCUAUCUAGAUAUGCCCAUGACGUUUCCAGAAAGCGUGCAGAUGAAACUUCGAGACUUCAUUGGAUUCGUGAUUUUCCUGUUCAUCCAAGCUUGCAUGCUAGUCAUGAAGCCAGAGCUGUUCAACAAGUUGUUGAUCUCGUCCUGCGGCUUCACCAUGAUCUGUUUCAUCGCUAUGUUGGCUCUCUGCAUAACUCACAAUGGUGGAUCAGCGGGAAUGAUAAAUCAGGAUGUGGAUCUUUCCGGAGAUGAGCGGGGCUGGGCCUGGCUAUACGCCAUGUCGAUUUGGUAUGGCGCUAUUUCUCCAGAAGUGCUAAACCACAAUGAUUUUUCUCGUUUCGCCAACUCUCCUACAAAAAUGUGUUGCGGCGUAGCGUCUGCCAUCAUGAUCACUGGAACGUUUGUCCCCUUGGCAGGACUUCUAUGCGCUUCACUGACGUUGCAGCUGUACGAUAAGAUGUUCUGGUUGCCCACAACCAUUUGCCUCAGGUGGAUGCAUAUCGAUUACAACGCUUCAAACAGAGCUAUGGCUGUGAUAUUUGGUAUUGCCUUUACCCUCUCACAGCUUUCAUUCAACAUAGUCGCCAACGGUAUUGCAGGUGGUAUGGAAAUGGCUGGUCUACUUCCAAAGUACAUCAACAUCCGUCGAGGCGCAUACAUAACAGCCCUUCUAUCAUGGGCUGUACAGCCAUGGAAGUUUUUCUGGGACUCAUCUACCUUUCUAGAUAUGAUGAGCUCCUUUGGAGUGGUUGCCACUCCACUCAUUGCCCUUCAAAUAGCCGACUUCAUGAUCAUCAGACGCUCUAUUCUCCCUGUGGAUGAUCUCUACUGUGCACACAAAAGCGGAACCUUCUAUUAUACUAAGGGAUUCAAUAUCAGGGCAAUUGUGGUGUGGUUUGUCUCCGUGGUCCCGAGUAUUCCUGGUCUAAUAAGCGUGGAGUCCGAAUCCGUUGAUAGAGUACCGCAAGGGCUCGAAAACUUUUAUUACGGCAAUAUUUUGUUCGCCUUCGUUAUUCCAUUCGUCUUGUACGUGGCGGUCUGCUGGAUAUGGCCGCCUCAAAAACUCCUGGGUAUUGAAGACGAAGGCUUCAACACGGAUUUUGAGGUUGUGAAUUUCAGAGCCGAAUCUAUGUCUCCGAAGGGAGAUAUAAUGGAGUAA